GGCCCUCGGUUGCUAAGAGGCAGAGAACGCCUGAUUGAACGCUAGAAAUACAACGCAGGUAAAAAGAGAUGCCUCACACCUGUGUCGUCACUUGCGCGCAGUUUAACGAAUCUACAUUAGUCAUUUCUGAAUAUUUCUGCUCGGGGGCGCUACGACAGAAAAGCAUGCUUACAAAAGACGGUUUGUGACUUUUAACGGUUAACGUUAUUCCACCCCCCCCCACCCUCUGGCUAACAAUGGCCGCCGAGUAUACUGAAGAGGCGAUUCUGGACUUUGUGAAGGAGAACGGGGGCAGAGUGAAAAACACGGACUUAAUUGAGCAUUUCAAAGUCGUGUUCCCGGAGGACCCGGAGAAGAAAACGGCCGCCCGCGUGGCCUUUAAAAGCCACGUUGACCACAUUGCGUAUGUGAAAACCGAGAGCGGAGUUAAAUACGUCUGUCUGAGAAAAAAGUUCCGCGGGUCAGAGGAGGAGAGUGGCACGGAGAGGGAUUUAAACCAAGAGAGGCUCAUUAAGCCGUAUAAUCCAGACCGAGCAUGCGGCGGAGACGCAGCAGGCGGGGAGGCGCAGCGGCAAACCCUACCUGGCUCAGGUUACGGAAGCGACAGCCAGGUGAGGGUUCCGCAUGCUUUCUCCGCUGCUAAAACUAUUUCCCCGGACGAAACCGACGACGGGAGUCGGCGUCAUGAGUCCGUCUGUGUAGUGGAAGAGGCGGACGGCCACUCGGGGGAGAUGGGAAACCGAGGAAGCCUCCGCAGGGAGCAGAGGGAGUCCAAGAAGGAGCGUGUUGGGAAAGCUCCUCCGAGUCCUCGCAUACAAGAGGUUGCCGUCACCGAGGCUUCGCCUCUCCCCGCGGCAGAGGGAUCGGCGUUCAACCUGCCCGGGCCUGCACAAACUGGUCCCACAGGAUUACCGGAGCAGGCAGCCGGACCCAGUCCCGGAGACACACCUGUCACCGAGUCUCUCUCACGAGAAGAAGCAGGGCAGGUUCCAAACUCUGAAGAGGAUACACCCAAACGCGGUUUGUCCGGGAGUGAAGGAAGACCCUUCCCGCAGGUGAGGCGCAGCGGUGUGUUCCGCAGCUCAGCGUGGAUGUCCUCCCGAAACGACAGCGACGCCGCCUCCGUGGUCUCCUCCAACCCGGACGACGACAGGGCCUCGGCCGCUCUGGACCCGCUGGAACACGAGUGGAUGCUGUGCGCUUCGGACGGCGAGUGGGCCAGCUUAUACCAGCUCCUCGCCGCCGAGCCCAGCCUCGUCCUGAGGAAGGAUUUCGUCACGGGCUUCACGUGCCUGCACUGGGCGGCCAAGCUGGGCAAGCCGGAGCUCAUCGCGCUCCUCGUCAACUUUGCCAAACGGCACGGCGUCCCCGCGAGCGUCGACGUCCGCUCGAGCAGCGGCUACACGCCGUUGCACGUCGCCGCCAUGCACGGCCACGUGGAGGUGGUGAAGCUGCUGGUGGGCGCCUACAGCGCAGACGUGGACGCCCGAGACUACAGCGGGAGGAAGGCCUGCCACUACCUCACGGACAACGUGAGCGGGGACAUACGGGACAUCGUCGGCGCGCUCGAGCGCGCCGAGGACGAAGGCCCCAGGGACGCAGGAAGACGCUGGAGCGUCUCCAGGGUUCUCCAGUCUCACCUGAAGCCACUGGGCGACUCUGUGGACGGGGCGGCGGCCCCCAGAGAGAAACCCCUCAGGAGGAAGUCCUCGCUUUACAGGAUGAAGCCCAAGCUGCAGAAGCUCCGCUCGAGGACGUCCCAAAUCGUCCACAGCACGUCGUUCCGGGGCGCGGAGGAGCUGGACGGGUCCGCGAACGCUUCCUUUAAGUCCAGACCCAAGACGUAUUUCUUUGGGUGAGCUCAUCGUUAUAGAGCUAAACGCCAGCGCCACACGGAUGCAGAAUUCUGCCGAUUUUUUUUUUCUGUAGAUUUUAAACAAAUUAAAUAAAAAUAAUAUAAACUAGCAGAACAGUCUGCAUUUUCUGCAGAAUUUUUCCGCAGAUUUGAAACAAUUAAAAGUGGAAAUAAAACUAACAGACCCACUCGCCGUUUAAAAAUAAAUAAAAGUUCGCUAAAUUCAACAGAUUUUAUUCUGAAAACUGUAAAGCAAAUAAAAAGAAUCCCCAGAUUCUGUUUGCGUCAGUUAAUCUCAACUAUUGUCGAUAAUCAAUUUUAUUUAUUUUUUUUUGAAAGAAAAAAAGGUAACCUACAGGACAUCAGACGUACUUAUUACGGACACUGCACCACAGUGCAACGCCCGACGCAAGUGUCAAUUUCCCGCCCAGCACCCGUGACUAGGAUAAGCGCGUGUUUGACAGGGUGGGGGGCGUGGCAUCACGAUGGUGGCUCUCCAUCACGAUGAUAUCGUCCAUUGGCACAACCCUAAUAGGAUAUGGAGCAGGGGACUGACAGCGACAUAACCAAUCCCACUAGGCCAGACGCUCCAUUUGGCACCAACUGCGGUGUUUAAUUUGAAAUGAAUGUAGCCUGCUGGCAGUCUGGCACACGUGGGUGCUCAGUAUUUUCGCCUAUGGGCGCGAGUGUAUGUAAGCCCUAUCUUAAAUCUGUAGAUGAAAAGUUUGUAAUGGCUGAGCUAAAAGUUUUGUAUAUUUUUUUUUUUUUCCAUCUCAGGUAUUGAAACCCAUGAUACGCUGCUUAAAGAAAAUAUACACCAGGUUUUUGUGGAACAGAAACUGCUGGCUGCAUCUCAUUGUAAUUCAGUUACAAUUACUUUUCUACAGUUACAUUCUUUGUAUCUAUGUAAAUGAUUUACCCUAUAUUCUUUUCUUUACGACGAUGGCACCUUGUUUACUGCAUCUUUGCACAUCAGAACAAGCUCUUAGAUUUCCAUUUGUUACAUAAUUUAGCUAUGUAUGAAAUACUAGAGCUCAAGUGUAGUAAAUGUUUCCUGGGUUCACGGGGCCAUUUUUAAUGAUCUGAUUAAAUAAAUUCUACUCCACGUCA